AUGUUUUUAGAAUGCCGGGGGCCGAAGCUAGCUUCAUCUUUUGUUUUCUGUCCCACCUCUGUGUUUUAUUCCAGCAUCAAGUAUGGCCAUGAACGUAGAAAUGAAGAUGCCAACGAUCUCUUCAGAACCUCUACACAACUCCUUUUUUUUUUCUUCACAGGAACUGUUGAAAAAGGAGUUGUUGAGGUGACCAAUUGUUUUGCAGUUCCUCACAAUGAAUCUGAUGAUGAGGUUGCUGUUGAUAUUGAGUAUGCCCGCAACAUGUAUGAGCUGCACAAGAAGGUCAACAGCAGUGAAACUAUUGUUGGUUGGUUCUCAACAGGCUUGGAGGUUUCUGUACACUCAGUGCUAAUCCAUGACUACUACUCCAGAGAAGCCAAGAACCCAAUCCAUAUGACUGUUGACACGUUUGUACGUGGAGGAAAGAUGACCAUCAAAGCAUAUCACAGGUGCACUAAGAUUGGAGUCCCUGGCAAAACCGAAGGCACCAUGUUUACGCCAGUGCAAGUUGAGACGAUCUCUUACGAACCUGAACAAGUUGGAGUGGAAAUGUUGCAGAAGGGCAAAUACAACAGCAAACGCAUUGUCCAGCUCAAAUCAGAUCUGAAACAAGUGGAGUCCUCAGCUCACUGGAUGAGAGAGACGCUGGCUCAUGUCACUCAGUAUGUUGAUGAUGUUCUGGCUGGUAAAAUUCCCUCGGACAAUGUGACUGGACGUUUCCUGCUGGAUCUGGUUACUGGGGUUCCACAGAUUGAACAGGAGAAGUUUGAAGAAAUGCUCAACUCUAACAUGAAGGAUCUACUGAUGGUCGUCUACCUGGCCAACCUCACCAAGACCCAGCUUUCCUUGAAUGAGAAACUGAGCACCCUAUAA